AUGGCGAGUUUGUUUGGGAGAACUGUUUCCCAGCCCAGGUGUACUCCCUGGCUUUUCAUUGUGACGGUUGUCCUCAGUUGUCUUAUCACUGGGUUCGAACUUGCGGUCGUUUUUUCGGCCUACGGAAAACCUCGCUCGGAACCUCCCAGGUUUCCAUACGUUGAUUAUGUACUAUCGGUGUACAACAUUCUCUCGCUCGGGUCCACGGCGGCCUCUUCUACGUUCAGCUGGGGGUUCCAACAACAGCUCUUCCAACAAGGUGUCGUCUCCGGAAAAAAGAGCUACCUUUCACGCCCAUACGGUCAAAGACAGUAUCCGAACUUCAAGCAGGAUAAUACGUGCGGCCUUCGUUUCCGCUCGCCGAUGGAUGAUAUUGUGGGAUGGUACCAGGAGCUGGCCCUCCGGGUCUCGGUGAUUUCGGCUGUGGAACGAGGCGAGACCAAACGGGUCAAGUACUAUGGCGAGACGAUCGAAGAGGAGAUGGGAGGAAGUGGAAAGCCGAUCCGAUUCGGUUUGAUCGAGUCCGCCGGCCGGUACGGCAUUGAUCUGAACCUCGGUGAGCCUGGCCUGGUCAAAACCUCGGAUGAAAUGGGAUCGGAUGAGGAUGACGACAUUGAGAUGGAAGAUCUGGCCCUCCACGAUGAUGUGGAUGUCGAGGCGUCUGCUGGGUAA